AUGGCCAACAAGACGAGCGAUAUUGGGGGCAAGUAUGUCACUACCGUUGACCUAUAUGCCGAGGUAAUUAAUAAAGUCGUGGAACAUAUGCGCAUUGAUUUCGAUGAAGCUGGAGUAGAUUCAGAUGUCCUCCAUUAUGUGAAGACGGAAUGGAAACAUAAGUUGGCGGAGUCAAAAUGUUUGGAUGGAAUACCAAGAGUACCAAACAACGUAAACAAAACGUCAGCCAUUGACAACGCUGACAACGUUAACAAUGACCAGACCAACUGCAUCGACAGCAUCAGCCUAAAAAACUCCAACUUUUUGCAUCAUGUUGAAAACAACAACAACAACAAUAAAGAUGAUCCGAACAUCUUACCCCGCUUGAUCAAUCCAAAUGCGGUGCAUUCAAAUGCGGUGCAUUCUGGCAACACAAACCAGAAUCUUCAAAACAAGAAUGCACGGUUGGGUAAUUCGAACAAUAUUCGUCGGAUCAAUUCGAAUGCCGUGCCACGCUUGAUCACAAACACUGGCUUGAACGUCUCUCACAGGUUGCCUCCAAACAACAACAUCAACCUAAACAACAUUAAAAUUAACAGUUCACACGUUUUGCAGCAAUUGAACAGCAACAACACCUUAAACGCGUUGACAGGAUUUCACAAGAUAACAACAAUGCCGAGAAACAUUAACAUCAUGAGCUAUCCGAUGAACUCUGGCAUAAACAACGUAAACAAUCCGAAAAACACGAACGAGGACAUUCGAAACUUGAAUCAAAAUAUUCCAGUUAAGUUUAAACGCCACUUGGACAACACGAAUCAAAACAUUCCAAUCAAGUCUCCACGUUUAGACAACAUGAACAAUGUUUGCCGAAUCAAUUCAAAUGAAGUACCUUACUUGAUCAACGAGGUUAACUCGAACUUGAACAACAGAAACAUGACGCCGCGCCUGAUCACUAAUAUUUUCUCGCCUAGGAACAACGUCAACCUGAACAGCAUCACUAUUAACACUUUGCAAAUCCCGAACAAUAUUAAGUACAUCUCCAGCUUGAACAACAACGUUAUCAGUCCAAACCUUCGGCAACCCUUGAACAACAACACCGGUAAAAACAAAAUAUUGAACAGCAACAUCUCCUUGAACAACAACAUCAACAAAGGCCUGACCAGCCCAACUGUUUUGCAGCGUUUGAACCUGGGAACACCUGUGCCAAGAAAGAACUCUUUAGUAUCUCGUAGGAAUCAAGAUGGGAGCUCUGAAGUGCUAUUCAGAAUUGGAGGACAGACGGACGGAUCGUGGGACGAUUCCGAUGAUGAAGAAAAUGAAGAAAAUGUGUUGGAAGAACUUGAUGACCUCUCUGACGAUUCCUCGGCUGCAGGAAAGGAGGAUUCUGACCCUUUGAACUCAGACGAUGACGAUGUUGAACAUGACAUAGACGAAAAUUCUAUUGAGAACUUCGUGGCUUGUCAAUACAUCAAGGUAGUGAAGAACAAGUCCAUUUGGAGGGCGUACUUUAUGUUCGGCAUCAUUCACGUGGACGGAAAGGAGGAAGCCUUCCACCAGGCACUGGGAAAGGAGGAUUCUGACCCUUUGAACUCAGUCGAUGACGAUGUUGAACAUGACAUAGACGAAAAUUCUAUUGAGAACUUCGUGGCUUGUCAAUACAUCAAGGUCGUGAAGAACAGGUCCAUUUGGAGGGCGUACUUCAUGUUCGGCAUCAUUCACGUAGACGGAAAGGAGGAAGCCUUCCACCAGGCACUGGGUGAAGUUAAAUUUUAG